AUGCGUGCCACAGGUGCGUUGGCCCAGUGCCAUCUCAUUGGCAGCACAGCGGCCGCCGUGCCGGAAACGCUGCUCUUUGUGUCAACUCUGGACGGGAACCUCCAUGCUGUGAGCAAAACGACUGGCGAGGUCGCAUGGACCCUGAAGGAUGAUCCGUCCCUGCAGGUGCCGGACUACGUGGCCCAGCCAGCGUUCCUGCCAGACCCCAGCGAUGGCAGCUUGUAUGUCCUGGGGGGCAAGAAGAAGGAGGGCCUCAUGAAGCUGCCUUUCACCAUCCCGGAGCUGGUGCAGUCUUCUCCUUGCCGAAGCUCUGAUGGGAUUCUCUACACAGGGAAAAAGGAGGACGUCUGGUUCGUGGUGGAUCCGGCAUCCGGGAAGAAGCAGACGACGCUGUCCACCGAGGCCUGGGACGGGCUGUGCCCCUCGACCCCCCUGCUGUACAUCGGACGCACCCAGUAUAUCAUCACCAUGUACGACACCAAGUCCCGGGAGCUGCGCUGGAAUGCCACCUACUCGGACUACUCGGCUCCGCUGCACCAGCCGGACUCCGACUACAAGAUGACCCACUUUGCCUCCAGCGGAGACGGGCUGCUGGUGACGGUGGGCAGGGGCAGCGGGCGGCUGCUCUGGAUGCAGGACUACGGCUCCCCGGUGGUGGGCGUCUACCGCUGGCAGCAGGACAGCCUGCGACGGGUCCCCCACCGCAACGUGGCCCUGGAGAGCCUGCGCUACCUCGCCCUGCGUGCCCAGGACAUCCGCCUCCGCAACUGGCGCUACCAGGCCGCCAAGGACUUCACGGGCAGGACGCGGCUGCUGCCAACGCUGUAUGUGGGCAAAUUUGCCGCGGGCUUCUAUGCCUUGACGUCCCUGGUGCACGAGGGCGUGGCUCUUGUGCCUCAGGGGGUGACUCUGGCACGGAUGGACGGCCCCACCACGGAGGACGUGACGCUCCAGAAGUCUGGCGAGUGCGAGAUCACGCCCAGCACGGACGUCCGGUACCCUCAGGGCAGCCUCACCGUUCCCCACAGCCAGUGGCUGCUCAUUGGACACCACGAGCUGCCCCCAGUGGUCCACACCACCAUGCUGAGAGCCUUCCCCGAGAACAUCGUCCCCCACAGCUCCCCUCCCAGGACCCUCUUCGAGGACUUCCUGACCCCAGGCGGCCUGGAGGAAGAGCCCGCGGACGGCCGCUCUGCUGCCGAGCAGCCCUCCCCGGAGAUGGCGCAGCCAGAGGGCCACCCCCCCGAGCUGGGCCGCGGGCAGCUGGCGGCAGCCGGAGUGGUCGCAGCGGUGGUGGGGGGCGGGGUCCUCCUCCUCAUGCUCUGGAGGCAGAACCGAGAGCAGCAGCGAUACCUGGAGGAGCAGCUGCAGCUGCUGCAGAGACACCGCCUGGGCCGGCUCCCUCCGGGCAGCUCUGGGGGGCGUCUCCCAGCAGCCCCCACCCCAGGAGCGGACCCUGGCAGUCCCCUGCAGCCACCGGAGCAGAGCGCCAGUGCCCUUCCCUCCUCCUCCGCCUCCUCCUCCUCCUCCUCGGCCUCUUCCUCGCUGUUGGCCAACGGGGUCUCCAGCCACAACCCCCCAAGGAGCCGUGCUGCCACCCCAGGGGCUGCUGACCCAGAGACCGUCGUUGUGGGCAAGAUCUCCUUCAGCCCCCGUGAAGUGCUGGGCCGUGGGGCAGGGGGCACCUUUGUGUUCAGGGGCCGCUUUGAGGGGUGCCACGUGGUCGCCGUGAAGCGCCUCCUGCCCGAGUGCGUCCGCCUGGUGGAGCGGGAGGUGGAGCUGCUGCGCGAGUCGGACGAGCACCCCAACGUGGUGCGCUACUUCUGCACGGAGACCGACCGGCAGUUCCACUACAUCGCCACCGAGCUCUGCUCCGCCACGCUGAGGGAGUACGUGGAGAGCCCCGCCUUCGACCGCCGGAACCUGGGACCUGUCCUGCUGCUCCACCAGACCAUGUCUGGCUUGGCUCAUCUGCAUGCUCUCAGCAUCGUCCACCGCGACCUGAAGCCCUGCAACAUCCUGAUCUCGGCCCCCAACAGCCACGGGCAGAUUCGCGCUGUCAUCUCCGACUUUGGGCUCUGCAAGAAGCUGCAGCAGGGACGCCACACCUUCAGCCUCCGCUCGGGUGUCCCGGGCACCGAGGGCUGGAUUGCGCCAGAGGUGCUGAGAGAGGACCCAACGGAGAACCCGACGUCUGCGGUGGACAUCUUCUCCGCCGGCUGCGUCUUCUACUACGUGGUGUCCAGCGGGCAGCAUCCCUUUGGGGACAGCUUGCGGCGCCAGGCCAACAUCCUCACCGGGGCGUACCAGCUGGGGCACCUUCAGCCCGAGACGCACGAGAAUCUCAUUGGACAGGAGCUGAUGGAGCGGAUGAUCAGCAGCGACCCCCACAGGCGCCCCUCGGCUGCCCAGGUGCUCGCGCACCCCUUCUUCUGGAGCCACGAGAAGCAGCUGCAGUUCUUCCAAGAUGUCAGCGACCGUGUGGAGAGGGAGCCAGUGGAGGGACCCAUAAUCUGCGCGCUGGAGGCCGGAGGCCGGGAGGUCGUGCGCGACAACUGGCGCCUGCACAUCUCCGUCCCACUGCAGGCAGACCUCAGGAAGUUCCGGACCUACAAAGGCAACUCCGUGCGGGACCUCCUGAGAGCCCUGAGGAACAAGAAGCAUCAUUACCAGGAACUGCCCAGCAGCGUCCAGGAGAGCCUCGGCGCCCUCCCGCAGGGGUUUGUCCAGUACUUCACCAGCCGCUUCCCCCGCCUGCUGCUGCACACACACCGGGCCCUGCAGCUGUGUGCCCGGGAGAGGCUGCUGCAGGCCUAUUACCACCAGGAGCCGUGAGGAUUUCGGGCGGGGGGGGAGGAGAGAGGCUGCAGCCCCCUCCUCAGCGGCAGAGAAAGGAGGGGCAGAGGAGCACACGCACCCCAGUGGUCUCUGGAGGAGUCCUCCUAGCCUGUCCCUGCCCUUUGCAGAACACUUCAGAGCAUGCAGGAGGGAUCUGCCCAGAUGGCCAGGAGAGGAGAGCCGGUCUGGUGGCGGCAAGCAGGACUGGUCCCCUUAGCUAAGCAGGGUCCACCCUGGUUGCCUAUGAAUGGGAGACUUGAUGUGUGAGCCCUGCAAGAGAUUCCCCUUAUUAGGGGAUGAAGCCGCUCUGGGAAGAGCAUGUAGGUUCCAAGUCCCCUCCCUGGCAGCAUCUCCAAGACAGGGCUGAGAGAGAGAUUCCUGCCUGCAACCUUGGAGAAGCCAUCUGCUGCCAGUCUGGGUAGACAAUCCUGAGCUAGAGAGACCAAGGGUCUGACUCAGUAGAUGGCAGCUUCCUCUGUUCCUCUCUCUGAAGACCUCUAGUGAAGAUGAGACCAUCAACGCAGGACGGUGGCCGGCUCUUCCACUUGGGAAACCCUCCUCUGAGGCUGAGCCUGGCUCUGCCUCCUGGCAAUUUCAACCCCUCGACUCUAAUCCUGCCUGCAGGAGCCCCCACCCCGAGAGCUCCCUUGCCAGACUUUGUCCCAGACCCCUCCCUCUUCUGAACCCUUCCUGUUUAUCUUCAGCCUCUGCCAACAUCCUCCAGGGUCCUGGUGAGGUCCUGCGGUACAGAAUGCAGCAGAACUGCCACUUCUUGUUUCCUAGCACAAUUGUAAAUAAAUACUUUUCA